UCGCAGCGUCACUGCCUCAUACUCCAGGUCCCCCUCCCUUGAUUUUGCACACGCCGUAACACAUGCAGAACUUCUGUGCAUCUCGGACGACUCAUACUCGAUCAGGCAAGGAUUUUUUUUUUCCGCUAUGAGGAGAUCGUGGUAUGUUAGAACGUCACACGAGCUCAGGAGAGCUGGCUUCCUGCACCGCGCCUCGCCCGCUGCGCCGCUUUUAGCUUUUCUGGCGCAUUGAGUUCCGCUCGGCGCGCUCUUCUUCACACCGCACCGCAAUGAUUAGCAAAGUGAAGAAUGCCAUGUCCUCGCUGGUGGGUGGCAUUGUUCCGCACGGACACCACCACCACCACCAUCAUCAUCACCCGCAACAACAGCAGCAGCAGCAGAGCGGAGCGGACUCUUUACCCCCGCGCUUCCCGUACGCGCGGCCCGACUUUCUGGAGCUGAGCUCGGAGGUGGUGCAGUACGCGGCCGAGCACGCAUCCCGGCCCGUCAUUACAGUCCGGAGAGACGCCAAGCUGCCCUGGCGCACAGGAUACGCAGAGGUGAUAAAUGCAGGAAAGAGUAUGCUGAAUGAGGACCAGGCCUCGUGUGACGUGUUAUAUGUGAAGAAGCUCACUAGCAAACAGCAGCGUGCCUCUGGGCUGCUAGAGGACAGUGGGGAUACCACAGGUAUCCCCAUGCACUUCUGGGGUGUAUUUGAUGGUCACGCCGGCUCUGGAGCCGCCCUCACGGCCUCCAAACUUCUCCACCGUCUCAUUCGAGACCGUCUGUGUGAAGUAGCCCAUCUUCUGGAGAAUCAGAGCAGCCCACCACCCAUCUGCCUAGCUAAGAAUGGGAGUCCCUAUCAGGCUGAGCAAAAGAAGGGAUCCUGCAUGGAUGCAGAAGACCAGGAUGGGCCUGUAGAUCCCAUCGCUCGUUUCCACAUGGAGAAGGCUGUCAGUCUGGAAAGCUUGGUGAUGGGAAUCAUAGAGAAUGCCUUCAAACAGAUGGAUGACUUUAUUGAAAAGGAGAAGGCAUCUUACAGCAUUUCUGGAGGAUGUUGUGCCUUGACUGCUGUGCAUCUGUUAGGGAAACUUUACGUCGCAAAUGCAGGUGACAGCAGAGCCAUAAUUGUUCGCAAUGAUGAGAUUAUUCCCAUGUCUAAUGAGUUCACACCAGAGAGUGAGAGACAGCGGCUGCAGUACUUGGGAUUCCUUAAACCAGAAUUGCUUGGGAAUGAGUUCACACAUAUUGAGUUUCCCCGACGCAUUCAGCACAAUGAGCUAGGCAAGAAGAUGUUAUUUAGAGACCACACCAUGACUGGGUGGGCAUAUAAGACAAUUGUUGAAGAUGACCUCAAGUUCCCCCUCAUUUAUGGAGAGGGGAAAAAGGCCCGAGUCAUGGCUACGAUUGGAGUAACACGUGGUUUGGGUGAUCAUGAUCUCAAAGUGUACAAUUCGAACAUUCAUAUCAAACCUUUCCUAUCCUGCUGUCCAGAGGUGAAAGUAUACAAUAUUUCAGAGCACAAGCAUGGCCCUGAUGACGUCCUCAUUAUGGGCACUGAUGGAUUGUGGGAUGUGACUUCUGACAGAGAAGUAGCAGAUGCAGUGACAAAGUUUCUGUCCUGCUGUGAGCCUAAUGACCCAAUGAGGUAUACUUUGGCUGCUCAGGAUCUCCUAAUGAGGUCACGUGGCGUGAUGAAAGAGCGGGGUUGGAGGCUACCAAAUGACAGACUGGGAUCAGGUGAUGACAUAACAGUAUUUGUCAUCCCACUGGCUGGGGCUGAGUCAGAGACAUGACAAGGCAGAUCACUUCCUCUCUGGUGAGCAAAUCAGGACACGGCGCUAAUUUGCGCUGGCUGAGGAAGGGGUGCAAUACCAAAAAAAAAAUCCAUUCUCAUUUGAGCUGAAGGGAAAGACGUAUGCAUUGCUCCUCUUCCUCCGACUUUUCAGAGGAAUCAUCUCAACUCUUGCCUCUUCUUAUCAACCCUGGGAUGACAUCAUCAUUAAGUGGCACUCUUCUCACUCACCAUUUCUCACAGGUUUACUGUGAAAGACUUCAGAACACACAAAGCCGCUGUGAUAUAUUUACUCUGGAAGUCUAUUUGGGAGCGAGCAGUGAUACAAAGAGAGAGAGAGAGAGAUUAGUGCUCGGUGAAUCAACAGGGUCUUUUAUACAUGACCUACCGUAAGGAAAACACAGGAAUGGGGCACUGGUGAUAUGAGAUGAAAUCUUGAUGAUUAAGGAUGUACAGAUGUAAGCACUUUAUCUUUAGGCAUAAACUCAUCAACCUGUAAUUAAAAACUUAGCAAAUUAGUCUGUCUCCCUAAGCUCUUCUAAAUGUCCCCAAAGAAUAUGUCUAUUUAAACAUGUGCAUUUCGGUGACUUCGCAGCAGCUUUAUUUAGAAACAGAUGCUCACCAAGAAAAGAAAGGAAGCACAAUUUUCUCAUUAGUCCUGAUCAUGACAGGGUUAAACACAUCUCCUUUGGAAAUGAAACAAUAAUACUGUGAUUGAGGCAGUGGUGUAGAAUUGUAUUGUGGCACUUUUGGGCAGUGGUAGCUCAGCGUAGCUCAGCAAGAUGUUGGACUACUGAUCUGAAGGUUGUGGAUUCAAAUCCCACCAAGCUGCCACUGCUGGGCCCAUGAACAAGGCUCUUAAACCUCAAUUGCUCAGUUGUAUAAAUGAGAUAAAAUGUAAGUCUCUCUGGUGUCUGCCAAAUGCUGUAAAUGAGAUAUACUACUGUAAUGUACACCUUCACAAAGCUUCUGGAAAAUAAAGGCCAUCAUUUCAACUCUUGCACAUUUGACUAAACCCGGGUUCCCUACCUCUCCGCAAAGCCAUGUUCAAAAUGAACCUAAAAAUUUUCAAAGAGGUAGAUUUUUGAUUAUAAGCAAACCAAAAUGUAUUGUUUGUGCGCACUAAUUUUCACCUAAACUGUAGCUUAUGGGCUAAUUUUUUUUCUGAGCCAAGUUUAGAAACUUGUUAUAUAUCGAGGAUCCCUAUUUAAGCAGCUUGUAGUCCAAGAAGUCCAUCAUCAACGCCGAGAAACUUACCAUUCAUGAUGAAUUUAUAAUGUAUUAUUACUAUAAUUAUUAUAAGUACUAUGACUUUCACCUAAGGUACCAUAUUUGUAAAAAUGGGUUGAAAAGGGUUUUAGGUGGCAGCUAAAUUACCACCAAUGAUGUUUUAAUGCAAACACAUUUCAACAUUGGAGCCAAGGUCCUAAACACCAACACCCGAAGUUUAUUUCGAUACACCAUGCUUCAAAUGAUCUUGAGGUGAACAACCGAUUGUGAAUAUAAAUCUGCAUUUGAAUUGACAUUAACAUUGACUGCUAACUACCAUUGUUUUUCGCUAUAACAUGUCUUACCAUUCCUGCUGGCUGUUUUAUCAUUUGUCAAGCUGUAAUACCUAAGCAACUGUGAUUCCUUCACAAUAAAUCGCCCAUCUUUGAAUAAAUUA